CACGACAAGGAAUUUGCUUGUUAAUAGCUUGAACUUUGCAUGACUUACAUCUUGAUCAUAACACAUUCAUAGAUACAUUUAUCAUAAAUUUAUCAUAAGUCUUACAACAAUAAACAAUCACAUCCUCGACAACAUACAAAUGUCCACCUCAUCACCUCCUCUUCACGAUAAGGAUUAGAAUUCAAGGGCCCAUCAAUUCGUCCCUCGCCAAAUCCAUUCCAUUCCAUUGCACGGUCCGCAACAACACAUGGCUGCGCUGGUUCAUAAUAAUAAUAAAAGCGAGAUUUGAUAGAACAUUUGAGGAAUACCCUGUUGAUCUUGUAUAUCGUUUGAUGGUAUAGCAAGGUUCAAUUAUCUUUGGAUUUCCACGUCGACAACACAUUAAAGAAGAAAAAGGAAGAUUGCCAUGUUUUAAACAAACAAUCAUAGCAAUUAAUUUGGUGCGCGGAGUCAGACUCAUACAUACUCUAUUCUACGAAUUGGUCUAAGACUUCAACUACGACUUCGCUACGGCUUUCUAGGAAUACAAAUAUUGGUUCAGAUUGCAGAUCGACAAUAGUUUUUGUUUUAGAAACUGGAAUAGGAGAAGCUACUGGAUAUAUUCUAGACGACUUCAAGUCAAGGGUUACUCAUCGCAUACUCGCAUCGUUCAGAAUAAUCAAUAUAGAGUACACCGCAACGAUCCUAGAAUCACGGAAUUUCUUACGAACGAUAGAUAAACUGGUAGAAUAUACUUCUAUAUCAGUCAAGAUGCCUUCAUCACCACGAACUCCCAUACAUAGUCGACAACCUUCCGCAUUAGAUUUCUCUCCUUCAAAUAUAAACCUUUCUCGCAGACUUUCAAAAUCUUCCAUACACACACCGACUACACCAAAUCAUAUGAUUCGAGAUUUUAGUGCUAGUGUUGACAGCGUUGGUAUAGGAAUGGACGUAUUAGGAUCUGCGCAAAAUGGAGGAAAUGGACUUGGAAAUCUUGCAGACGAACUGGCAGAUGCGUGGAGCGAGGACGAAGGCGAAGAACUAGAAGAAGGGGAUCUUAAUUUUCAAAACACGGCAGCUUCGGAUUCAGAUAAUGAAGAUAGGGAAGGAGAAAACAAUCAUCCAGUCAGGGAUAGUGGUGUUGAUGUAACGAGUCCGAAGAAACAACAAGGAGUAAUAAAUCCAAAUCUACUAAAUUUAACGCCGCCGGUAGGUGGUCAUGGAAGAAUUCAUGCUUUGGGUCAUGCGAGGACACCAAGUGAAUAUGAUGGAAGUGAUUAUGGAGGAGAUUCAGAUUUGGAGAGUCCAGCUUUUGGACCGGCGUUAUUAGCAAGGAUGGAUAUGGUGGAGGGGUUGGCAAGGAGGGGGACGGAAAAUAAUGGAAGUCAAGCUGAUGGGGUUGUUAAGAGGGUCAUUGAGAGUUUGAGGGAUUUGGGGGGUCAGUCAGGAGUGGAGGGGAAUACUACUAGGUUUGUUGCACUUUUCUGUUGGGUUUUCUACAUCUUUCCUUUUCUUCCUUAGCAGCAGUGGGAGAUGUCUCAUCUAUACGAUACAGAUAUACUAACUCAGAUCAAAGGCUAGUAACAACCCACACAGCCCUAUCAACACAUCUACUUCACCAAACCCGGCUACUUCAAAACCUCUCCCAUCCUCUAUUCUCCCCUCUCUCUGCGCCUCCAACUCCAGAAUUUAUCGACACACUCCUUCCCCUACUGGACACUCUCAGUGACUCGAUUCCUCGCCCUACAGCCGCAUCCCUUACCUCCAUCACCUCUUUACACUCCUUAACAACCGAUUUGGUUCAAACAAUAACAUAUCUCUCCGACACCCUUCAUAUGUCUCGACAAACUACAGUGACAGCGUCUAGGAAAUUGAAAUCAGCGAAAGAAUUAGUAGCAGAAAUGAGAAGAGAUGAAGAAUUAAGGGAAGAAGGAGAACAAUGGGUAGAAAGUGGGGAUUGGCAGAAGAGAUUGGGUGAUAGAGAAUGUGCGGGAGUUUGUAGAGGUGUCGUGGGUGGUUUCGAACAGGUUUGUGAUGAUUGGAGACGAAGGUUGGUGGAGAGUGCUGGAGGUGAGGUGGGUGCUUGAUGUGAGGGUGGAGGAGGAAUACUAUUGUACAGCAGUUGAAUAAAAAUGCUGCGCAAAAAAUCACCACCGCCGAUUAAACACAAAGUUCAAGACAAAAGUUCACUAGAGCCAAGAUGGGGACAUAUGUAGAAAGGCCUCUGGCUGGGAGCUCUUCUAGCCACAGUACUAGAUCAUUAGAUGAGAUCUGGUUAGAUAGAGGUGUAGAUUCAUUCAGUG